AUGCCGACGGAGUUUCCAUGGAGGAGAAUAACCCAGGUGGUUACUUCUUUGUUUGCUUCGGGCUUUUCACUUUCUGUCCAAGUAUUAGCAGAAUCCAUUGAAGAGCAGACAAUAAAUGGAGUGCUGGAUCCAUCGCCGAGCGCAAAGAUUGUCCAGUGGAAAGUCCUCCUCCACCAGAUUGGACUGGAUGUAGUUCGCACGGAUAGAGUUUUAGAGUUUUACGAGGAUCCCAAGAACUUGGGAAAGCUCUGGGACAUCCUGGCAGUGUACGCUUGGAUCGACGAGGAGGUUGGCUACUGUCAAGGUAUGAGCGAUCUUUGCUCGCCGAUGGUGCUCCUUUUCCCGGACGAGGCUGACGCCUUUUGGUGCUUCAAGUGCCUGAUGCGUCGAGUGCGGGAAAAUUUCAGGUGCACGAAUAAGAUGAUGGGGGUUCAGAAGGAGCUCUCCUUCCUCGCAGCUGCCAUGCGAGUAAUCGAUCCAAAGCUUCAUAGAACUCUAGAGGCACUUGGAGGGAGCAACUAUGUUUUUGCGUUUCGAAUGCUCAUGGUUAACUUUCGCCGGGAGUUUUCGGUCGUUGAUACGCUCAGCCUCUGGAAGUCCCCAGAUGGUCACAUUGACAACGUACAGCCGGACUAUAGAGCUGGAGGUAGAUUUGCAAAGCGGAACAUUAAGUAUGGAUCGCCAAGAGCCCUCAACGAGCAUCCGUCCCUGGCAGUUUUCUUUGUAGCCGGGAUCUUGGUGCUGCUACGAUCCAAGUUUAUAAAGAGAAUUCAAGGCCUGGACGAAGUCGUGAGGGCUCUGAACAAUAUGAGCGGCAAGAUAGACGCAUACCGAGCGUGCCAAAAAGCGCUCAAGUUCCAUAAGUUAUACCUGAAGAAGGUGAAGAAAUCAAACACCCGCUCUCUAAGAGAACUCUAUUCCACAAUCUAUUUUCGAUUAGCGUUGGAACUAUCCAAAGAGAUAAACGAACAACGACGUCUUUAUUUUCCUUGUGAUCGAUCUCACACGCACAAGGGAUUACCGCUCAAGGCGAUGCAGCCACCACCACCUAGAAUAAUUCGUUUGGAGUGUCCAACUCGAGCUUGGGAGGGUCGAAGUGGACUUUGUGGAGACGUGAUAAGACUUGAUCUGGUGCUUGAUCCCGGCGACUUGGGACAUCGCCAGGUUAUCCUUGCACCAAACGUUCGUCCGGAAUCAAAAAGGCGAAAUAAUGACGUCAUCAUUUGGUUCAAUAUUCUUUAG